CAGUGAAUAGCGGAAAUUAAUAAGAAGAAGAUUAAAAAAAUCAAAACAAAUUCACUUUGCUUGUGUGGUUCCAAAUUAUAUUUUAAUAAUUUGAAACAUUUAACCCAAUUAAUAGUAACCAUUUACAUUUGUAAUGCCACCAAAAGCCAAUCCGGUAUGCGUAGAUUGCAAGAAGACAGAGUCCCUGCUUUGGCGAACCGUUGAAAAUGGGCAAAUAUGUUUGUCCUGUUUUGAGUUGCGUGAAAAUGCUGCAAAGGACAAGGAGGAAGAAAAUAAAGCAGCAGCAUUGGAAAACACUGGAACCGAGGACAAAACAAAAAAGCCAACCAAGGAUGUAAAAGAUGAAAAGCGGGAACCGAAUGUUAACAACAGUGAGGACAAAUGUUCACGGCUUAGGAAAAGUACCAGAGCAACACGCUUCAAAGCUAAGGCAUCUACAAGUAAUCAAAGCAACUCCUCCAAUGGAGGCAAUGGUGAGAAAAAUAAUAGCGGAGGUGGUAGUUCAAAAUCACAAACUAAGGGCCGCAAUCGAAGAAGCUUGUUCAAACGAGUACCUUUUAAGACACCACAAGCUCAGGCUACCACACACUGUGUGGAAAGUGUGUUUCAUAAGGGCUCCUAUUUACAAGUCGGCGAUAUAGUGUCUCUGGUAGAUGGUGAGAAUAAUGUGUAUUAUGCCCAAAUAAGAGGCUUGUUAAUUGAUAAUUAUGCGGAAAAAUCUGCUUUCUUAACAUGGCUAAUACCCACCCAAGAAAGUCCAGAUCCAAAGGAUGGCUUUGAUCCAGCCACAUAUUUAAUAGGACCCGAUGAAGAAUUGUCUCGCAAACUGUCUUGCUUGGAAUUUGUCAUGCAUGCUCCCAGCAAUUAUUACCUCGAUAGAACAACACCUUUUCCUCUACCCGAUACCAUGGAAUAUGACACAAAACCUGGCGGUUAUAUAUGGACAUCUCUGUCUGAUUAUCAAAGAAGUAAACCAAUAGAAGCAUAAGAAUUUAUAUACAAAACUAAAUAUAAAAUCUUAUUCUGAUAAAGAUAAA